AUGCCCUGCGAGUCACCGUCACACCGCAUAGACACCUCCUGUAUCCAUUCAGAAGGUAUGAUAGAAGAUCAUGCGACAUCGCCAGUGGAUAAGGCAGCAUGCUUUGUACCCACCGCCUCGAAGAAGCGAAAGAGAGCCGCCACACCCACUCCUAAGAGCAAAGGACAGGUCAUGGACCUGACACAGGAAAACGAAAAUCAGGCUCACUCCCCACCGGCCAAGAAAAACAAGGGUGCAUCCGCUCGCAAAGCACAAAAUGAAGAGAAGCGAUCGAGGAGGUUUCGACCACAUGCCCCGUCAAGCUACCUUGAGAGGCUGAAUCGAGCAACUACUCAGAGGAUGUUUGUCAUUGAUCGAACGCGCGGGGGCACCAUAGAGAUUCCCGAAGAGACAAUUGAUCUUGCAGGCACUACGGGCAACGUCUACAGGAUUACUAUCUGCCAGCUACCCAGUUGCACAUGUCCAGAUAGCAGGAAGGGCAAUCAGUGUAAGCACAUUGUAUAUGUUUUGCACAACGUCCUCAGAGCCCCUGAACAUCUACAAUACCAACUCGCCUUUCUCUCCUCUGAACUGCGUGAGAUAUUCGCCGCUGCACCCGCAACCGCGUCGACGUCUGCCUCUUCCGAUGCACCUUCCAAUCGUAAAGAAGUCUCCGGUGAUUGCCCAAUUUGCUUCACCGAACUUGAGGCGGAAACAGAGGACUCCAUUGUCUGGUGCCGUGCUGCAUGCGGAAAUAACUUGCACAAGGACUGCUUUGAGCAGUGGGCAAGGAGCCAAGCUGGGAAAGAGAUUCGAUGUGUGUAUUGCCGUACACCAUGGAAGAGAGACGAGGAAUCGCUCGAGCGAGUUAAGAACGCCGGAAAAGUCAACGGCGAGGGAUACGUAAAUGUAGCUGGAGAGUUGGGCUUAUCAGGAGCACGAGAUAAUUCGACCUAUCACCAGCACUGGGUACGACGUCGGGAACUAGGCUACUUCUGA